ACCCUUCUCUCGAAAUCCAUUCUCCCAGUUGUGAGUUUCUUCUCUCGUGCGUCGAAGAUGGAGAGAUGUGGAGAAGAUUCCUGCAAAGCUCUUCUUAUAGAGAGAUUUGAAAGUUUCUAGCUCUUACUUGUAAAGAGAUUACAGCUGAAAGCUUCUUUGAGCAAUUUCAUCGAACAGGUGAGCUGUUGUUUCUUCGACCGUCGGUCAUCAUCUGUAUGGAAUUGACUACUGCCAUUCCAAGUUGAAACCCUGCUAACCGUCAUCGAACAUUUCUUAAUCUACUCGUAGAUAGAUAGUUAGAAUCCGAUGCUGGUUCUUCCCCACACAAUCAAAAGAAACCCUACCCUCCUAUUAUUUCACCGUCUCCUUUCUCACCAUUCAUCAUCAUCAUGGCUCUCCAUUCCUGGAAAUCCCCUUCUCAAAUGGCCAUCCCAACCUCAAACCCAAAGCUCCAACAACUACGACAACCACAACGACAUAUCACAGCCACAGCAGCAGCAGCAAAAACAAGAUCAAGAUCCCCUACUCCAAAGAAAUACCAAAAUAAUCUCCAACCUCUUGAAAGACAUCUCACACAACCCCACCACUCUCCAAUCGGCCUUGGACCAAACCGGGAUCGAACCUCACCCGCUCUUACUCCAGAACAUUUUCCAAUCCUCCCAAUUCUCCCCCAAACCCGUCCACGCCCUUUACCUUUGGGCCACCAAACACCCAGAUUUUCUCCCUACUCCCUCCCUCUUCAAUUCGAUAAUCGACCUCCUCUCAAAGUCAAGAACCUUUGAUUCUGCCUGGUCUCUGAUUGUUGACCACCUUCACAGAAAUGACCCAUCAUCCCCCAUCUCCAUUGACACCUUUGUCAUCCUCAUUCGUCGGUAUGCGCGGGCCGGGAUGCCCCAAGCAGCAAUCCGCACCUUUGAAUUCAUGAAGAACUUGGGACCUGCUUGGACGAAUUCUAAUUCCGACCCGUUGAAUCUCCUCUUAGACGCCCUCUGCAAGGAAGGCCAUGUGAAUGCCGCUUCGUGUCAUUUCCAGCAGAUUAGGGAAGAGUAUGGACCUGGUUGGGUUCCUUCCAUCCGCGCCUACAACAUCUUACUUAAUGGGUAUUUCCGUUCGAGGAAGCUCCGUAAGGCCGAACGGCUUUGGGAAGAGAUGAAAAUGGAGAAUGUAGUCCCAACAGUUGUCACCUAUGGUACGCUCAUUGAAGGGUACUGCCGGAUGCGGAGAGUCGAGAGGGCGAUUGGGUUGCUGGACGAGAUGAAACAGGCUGCUAUAGAAUUGAACAUGGUCAUAUAUAAUCCGAUUGUCGAUGCCUUGGCUGAGGCGAGGAGGUUCAAGGAGGCAUUGGGGAUGCUCGAGAGAAUCUCCGUUUAUGGGUUGUCGCCAAACAUAGCCACAUUCAAUUCUCUGGUGAAAGGUUUCUGUAAGGCUGGGGAUCUUGUUGGGGCAAGCAAGAUCCUUAAGACGAUGAUCGAGCGGGGGUGUCUUCCGACUUCCACAACGUACAACUAUUUCUUCAGGUACUUUAUGAAAUUUGGGAAGGUUGAAGAGGGCAUGAAUCUAUAUACGAAGAUGAUUGAAUCAGGGUACAGUCCAGACCGGCUCACCUACCACUUGCUGAUAAAGUUGUUGUGUGAAUGCGAUAGACUGGAUCUGGCGGUGAAGGUUGUGAAGGAGAUGAAUGUUAGAGGGUGUGAUUCAGACCUUGCGACGAGCACCAUGUUGGUGCAUUUGCUCUGCAGGCUACGUAGAUUGGAAGAGGCAUGCGUUGAGUUGGAGGCAAUGGUUAAGAGAGGGAUUGUGCCACAGUACAUCACAUAUCGGAUGCUGGCCAAAGAAAUGAAGAAAUCAGGGAUGGUCGAAAUGGCACGGAAGUUAUCAGAUUUGAUGGAUUCAGUUCCUCACUCCACAAAGCUGCCGGGAACAUAUAGAGAUGGGGAGGAAGGUCCACGCAAGGAGAGGUUAGCUAUAAUGCGGAAAGCCCAGGUGAUGUCAGAUGUUCUUAAGAUAUGCAGAGAUCCAAGGGAGCUCAGUAAACGGAGGGGGUCGUCAGAGAAUGCAGUGGCGAGCGUGAAUCAGUUGAUUGCAGAUAUUCAAAGAAAAGUCUGCACUACAUGAAGUGUUGGGUAUCAGAUCAUUUCAUAAGAUGAGUAUUUAGUGCUCGUGGUGAAAACUGGAGUGGUUGGGACUGAUGUAGUUGCAGGUUCUCACUUCUCAUAUCCCAUUGGAUGUUGAAGCCGGGGGAUUUCGGUGACUGACAUUUUCCAAGUCCUUGUUAUGUUUCAGUAAUCAACUUGAUCAAGAGGACAUACCCGUCAACAAUGAGAGAGAGAGAGAGAGAGAGAGAGAGAGAGAGAGAGAGAGGAAGGAAAAAAAAACUCGAUAAAGAUCAUACACUUCAGAACAAGAAGAAGAAGAAGAGAUAAAAACCUUGAUAAAGAGUAGAGGACAUACCUGCCCAAAAAGAAAACCUCGAUCAGGAGGACAUGACACAAAUCCUGUUCACAGAAUUCUAGGGGCUGAUCUGUUAAUUCAAUUGGGUGAAAUCAAAUGAGCAGCUGGUUCUUGUGUACUGGUAAACAUUUCUACUGCGAUUUGUUGUGCUAUUGCUCAUGGAAUUCUUUAUAUGAUAUUCCAGCUUGUUUGAUUAUUUGCUUAUGAAAUCAUCCAUCUUCUGCA